AUGAAGACAACAGAAUUAGUCUCACCAAAUGAUUUGGUUCCACCAAGUGAUUCUGGUCCUCGCUUUUCAAUUCAAGACAUCCGAGCAGCCACUGACAAUCUCGUUGAUGGCUUUGCUAUCACAAAUAAUGGAUCAUGGAAAUUUUGCAUAGGAUUUAUCCAGCAACUAAAGAUGACAGUUUCCAUUUACCAGUUUCAUUUUGAAAUAUUUGGUCGGGAGGUUUUGGAACUAUGCCGUGAGAUUGAGAGACUAUCACGAUUGAGACACCCCAACUUGCUGUCUUUGAUUGGGUAUUGUUACCAUGAAGAUGAGAAUAAGAUAUUCAUCGUCUAUGAUCAUAUUGGCUCCAUCAGCCUCGACAAACAUCUCUACGGAACCAGAAAUGUUGCUCUUCCAUGGAAGCGCAAACUCCGCAUUUGCCUCAGUGUAGCACAAGGGCUAGGUCACCUGCAUAGGAGUCUGGGGCAAGCUACUAUCCAUCACGACUUGAGGGCGGCAAACAUACUCUUGGACGAGGACGGGAAUCCAAAGAUUUCUCUAAUCGGCUUGUACAAAGUAAGCCAUGUGCAUCAGCUUGCCAAGCCCUCAACCAAAGUUCAAGCAACGGGCGUGGAGUAUUUGUCUCCUGACACCAAGACCACUGAUUCACAAUCAUUUGAAAAAUCUGAUGUGUGCUCGUUUGGUUUGUUGUUGCUGGAAGUUCUAUGUUGUCGAAGACCAAUAGAUUCUGAGCUAGAUCACGAUAACGAUGACAGGUACCUUAAACAUUGGGUAAAAAAUAACAUCAAAACCAAGAAGCUUCAUCAGAUUCUUGACUUCAAUUCCAAAAGGGAAAUUGCAGCAGCAUGUUUAGCUGAAUUUCUGAGGGUUGCUUUUAGCUGCUCGCUGGUCUGCGAAACUGAACGGCCAUCGAUGGAUGAUGUUAUCAAGAAAUUAGAGUCCGCAUUGAAGUUGCAAGAGCAAGCAGAAGCUAUGAAGCAAGAUUUUAAGGGAAAAGGCUGUGAUGAUGGUUUCAAUCUGGAGGAUAUUUACCAUGACAUAUCAAUAUCAAAUCUUGCGGACAAUUGA